AUGGGUGAUAAGGCCUAUAUAAAGAUUUUGCCAAUGAAGGGAGUAGUUCGAUUCAAUAAAGCUGGGAAACUAAAUCCUAGAUAUGUAGGGCCUUUCGAAAUUCUAGAGAAAGUAGGAUCACUAGCUUACAGACUGGCAUUACCACCAGAUAUGUCAAGGAUUCAUAAUAUCUUUCACGUCUCCCAACUAAGAAGAUACGUUGCAGAUCCGAGCCAUAUCUUGGAAACUGGACCAUUCCUAGUCGAAGGGAACUUGAAUGAAGAAUUGAAGUAUGAAGAAGUCCCCAUUCGAAUUAUUGACACUAAGGAUCAAGAACUUAGACGAAGAACUAUCUCGUACGUCAAAGUACAAUGGUCCAAUCACACUGAAAGGGAAGCUACCUGGGAACCCGAGGAAAAGAUGCGCAAGCAUUACCCAUAUCUCUUCGAAGAUCAAGCGAGCUCAAGUUUCGAGGACGAAACUUCCAAUAAGGAGGGUGGGAUGUGUAGACCCGAUUUUGGACAUGGUGAUGAAUACUAG